AUGUUUAUUUGGUAUUCUCUUAACAGGAAUAUUCUAUCUGGUACUGAGCUCCUAUAUGAUUAUGGAAUCAAGAAGGGAGAAGAGCCAUGGAAGCAGGAGCCCCAGCAUGGCAAAUCCUCGCAGCAGCCACAGCCUUGCACAUCCUCAAAGGAGUGCCAGCCUUGCCACUCCUCAAAACAGCCCCAGCCUUGCCAAUCCUUACCGGAGCCCUGGUUUUGCCCAUCCCCAAAGAAUACCCUGCCUUGCCAACCACAACAGCCACAGGCUGGCCCAUCCUUACAGGAACCCCAGCCUGUCCAAUCCACACAGCACCCACAGCCUGGUCAAUCCUCACAAGAGCCACAGCCUGGUCAAUCCUCACAAGAGCCAGAGCCUGGUCAAUCCUCACAGCAGCCACAGCCUGGUCAAUCCUCACAGCAGCCCCAGCCUGGUCAAUCCUCACAGCAGCCUCAGCCUGGUCAAUCCUCACAACGGCCCCAGCCUGGUCGAUCCUCACAGCAGCCUCAGCCUGGUCAAUCCUCACAACGGCCCCAGCCUGGUCGAUCCUCACAACAGCCACAGCGUGGUCAAUCCUCACAACAGCCCCAGCCUGGUCAAUCCUCAGAACAGCCACAGCAUGGCUCGUCCUCACAGCAGCCCCAGCGUGGUCAAUCCUCAAAACAGACAACGCCUGGUCAAUCCUCACAACAGCCACAGCCUUGCCAAUCCUUACCGGAGCCCCGGUUUUGCCCAUCCCAAAAGAAUACCCUGCCUUGCCAACCACAACAGCCCCAGCCUGGUCAAUCCUUACAGGAACCAGCCUGUCCAAUCCACACAGCAGCCACAGCCUGGUCAAUCCUCACAGCAGCCACAGCCUGGUCAAUCCUCACAAGAGCCAGAGCCUGGUCAAUCCUCACAGCAGCCCCAGCCUGGUCAAUCCUCACAGCAGCCUCAGCCUGGUCAAUCCUCACAACAGCCCCAGCCUGGUCAAUCCUCACAACAGCCACAGCAUGGUCCAUAUAUUGUUUUAGUUAUAACAUUUAA